AUGCCGUUUGGAUGUGUGACUCUAGGCGACAAGAAGGAUUAUAAUCACCCCACAGAAGUGAGCGACAGAUAUGAUCUGGGUCAACUCAUCAAGACGGAGGAGUUUUGUGAAGUAUUUCGCGCCAAAGAGAAAUCUUCUGGGAAACUUUACACCUGCAAAAGGUUCCUGAAGAGAGACGGCCGAAAGGUCAGAAAAGCGGCCAAGAAUGAGAUCAACAUCCUGAAAAUGGUUAAACACCACAACAUCCUGCAGCUGGUCGACGUCUUCGAAACAAAACAGGAAUAUUUCAUCUUCAUGGAGCUGGCAUCGGGGCGUGAAGUCUUUGACUGGAUCCUGGAUCAGGGAUAUUACUCAGAGAAGGACACCAGUAAUGUCAUCCGGCAGGUCCUGGAGGCAGUGGCGUAUCUGCACUCACUCUGUAUUGUGCACAGGAACCUGAAGUUGGAGAAUUUGCUGUAUUUUAACCGGAUGAAGAAUUCUAAGAUCGUCAUCAGUGAUUUCCAUUUGGCCAAAGUAGAGACGAGUCUUCUUAAAGAGCCGUGCGGGACCCCGGAGUACCUGGCCCCAGAAGUGGUGGCACGGCAGAGAUAUGGGCGCCCCGUGGACUGCUGGGCGAUUGGAGUCAUCAUGUACAUACUGCUCUCCGGGAACCCCCCGUUCUAUGACGAGACGGAGGACGAGGACUAUGAAAGCCAUGACAAGAACUUGUUCAGAAAGAUCCUGCACGGAGACUACGAGUUCGACUCCCCAUACUGGGAUGAUAUUUCACCGGCAGCCAAGGACCUGGUGACCCGGCUGAUGGAGGUGGACCAGGACCAGCGGGUGACGGCGGCCGAUGCCAUCAGUCAUGAAUGGAUUUCUGGGAACGCAGCAUCGGACAAAAACAUCAAAGAUGGUGUCUGCGCUCAGAUCGAGAAAAACUUUGCUAAAGCCAAAUGGAAGAAAGCCGUACGAGUGACCACCAUGAUGAAAAGGUUGAGAGCUCCGGAACAGACCGAGUCCAAAACCCCUUCUCCAUCCACGGAGAACGAGAGGACACCAGGCCUGGCAACCCCGGCCCCGUCACCAGCCAGCACGCCAGCCGAGGACACUCCAACUCUGCUGACUCCAUCUCCUGAUGGAACCGGCUGA